AUGAGAAAAAGGACUGGCGCCACGCACCGCACUUCCUGGCUCCGCUCAAGCCCCUGUGCCUUCCUCGGGAACCCCCUGCCCACCGUGACCCUCUACAAGGGUGACGUCAACAUCACAGCCAACUCCAAGUUCUGGUACAACUCCACCAGCGGGGUGUGCACCAUCAUCAUCCCCACCUGCACACUCAAGGACAGCAGCGAGUACAGCGUGCCGGUGGAGAACGAGCUGGGCAAGGACCGCAGCGGCUGCACACUCACUGUCUAUGACAAGGAUGACAAGACAAUUCUAGCAUCAGUCACUGAGAGCCUGCAGAAGAAAUCAAAGUAUUAUACCUUAUGUGAGCUCCAUCCCAGUCCUGGCAUCAGGAUGUUGUGA